AUGAAUAUUUCAUCGAUCAGCGUUGGCAAAUGGGCUUAUCCAGUCUGUUUCUUUUCUUUCCUAUUCUCUGGAGUUAUAUCGACCAAACUUAAGGCAAUGAGUGUUAAAAUAACAGAUAAGAUUGCUUCUUUGGGAAAAGAUGAACCUUUCUUUUCCUUGGAGUUCUUUCCCCCAAAGACUGAAAGCGGUAUGAGAAAUUUAUAUGCUAGAUUAGGCAGAAUGUCUUUGUUGGGCCCUCUUUUUGUGACAGUCACUUGGGGUGCUGGCGGUACAACUGCAGAAAAAACUACUGAUUUGGCCGUUACCUGUCAAGAAGAGCUUGGGUUAACCACAUGUAUGCAUUUGACGUGUACCAAUACACCAAAAUCCGUCAUCGAUGAUGCCUUAAAGAAGGCUAAAGCUUCUGGAAUCAGGAAUAUUUUGGCACUUAGAGGUGACCCAGCCAGGGAUACCAGUAUAUCUCAUGGGAUUGGUGAAUUCAAAUAUGCCGUUGAUUUGGUUCGUUACAUCAGAGAACAGUACGGCGAUUACUUUUGUAUCGGUGUUGCCGGUUAUCCGGAGGGUCAUGCAGACGGUUCUUUUGAAGAAUUAACACAAGAUCCAAGGAAAGAUAUGCCAUUUCUCGUUGAAAAAAUUAAGGCAGGUGCUGACUUUAUCAUCACCCAACUUUUUUUUGAUGUCGAUAAAUUUGCUGACUUUGAAGCAUUAGUUAGAUCGCAACCUGAACUUAGAGAUACCGUUAUAAUUCCUGGUUUACUUCCAAUCAAUGGUUACAACAUCUUUCAAAGAGCUUCGAAACUAUCGCAUGCUUCCAUCCCUUCAAAAUUAUUGGCAAAGUUUCCAACUGAGGUACAAAAUGAUGAUGACGUUGUCAAAGAUAUUGGUGUGGAUGUUUUAGUUGACAUCAUUGACCAGAUUUACAAGAAAACUGAUAAUCGUGUUAAAGGUAUUCAUUUCUAUACUUUAAACUUAGAGAAAUCAAUUGCACAAAUUGUUAAUAAAUCAGAUCAUCUUUACAAAGUUGUCGCCAAGAAAGAAAGUGAGAUCGAAGCUGACGAAUCAUCUUCUGAUGAUGAUAUAGAUGAUGCCAUUACUACGGCAAAGCGGGCCGCUUAUGCCAACAGAUUUAAUACUACGAACAAAGUUAUAAGUGAUAUUAAGGCCAGCACUAGUCUUAAAAUGCAACACAGUAACUCAUCAUCUUCUCAACUGAAAAAGUUAAUUUCCAUCAGUGCUGGGCAUGGUGUUUUGGGUAAGGACGCAACUUGGGAUGAUUUCCCCAACGGUAGAUUUGGUGAUUCUAGAUCUCCUGCAUAUGGUGAAAUUGAUGGUUAUGGUCCUUCCUUAAAAGUUACAUCAACUAAAGCUUACGAACUUUGGGGAUAUCCUAAGACGAAAAAAGAUAUUUCUAAGCUAUUUGUGAACUAUUUAUUGAAGAAACUCAACUGCUUACCGUGGUCUGAGCUAAGUUUGAGUCCAGAAACUGCAUUAAUUCAAGAAGAAUUGAUCAAUUUGAAUGAAUUAUAUUAUUUUACUGUUGCAUCGCAACCUGCAGUCAACUGUGCGUCUAGCCAAGAUAAAAUCAUAGGGUGGGGGCCAUCCAACGGUUACAUUUAUCAGAAGGCCUUUGUUGAAAUGUUUGUUUCAAAGAAAGAUUGGAACGAAAAGCUAUUACCAAAGAUAAGCAAGUGUGGUUCAUCCGUUAGUUAUUAUUAUGCUGAUUCUAAAAACUACUUUGAUACAAAUCUACCACCGAAUGCCUCCAACUGUGUAACCUGGGGUGUUUUUCCUAACAGAGAGAUUGUCCAAACAACAAUCAUUGAGGAAGAGUCAUUCAAAGCGUGGACUGAGGAAGCAUUCGAAAUUUGGAAAGAAUGGAAGCUAUUAUAUAAAAAGGACAGUGAUUCAGCAAAAUUAAUUGAUACUAUCUUAAAUGAAUACUAUCUAGUCACUAUUAUCCAUCAUGAAUAUCCAAAUGAAUCUGCUUUGUGGGAAUUACUGCUUGAUGAUGAGUAA